UGGCACCGGACACAAUUAACAACCAUGUGAAGACCUGUCGUGAGGAGCAGAAGAACCUGCACUUCUUUGCCCCGGAGUAUGGAGAAGUUGCCAAUGUCACUACUGCUGUGGACAUUUACUCCUUUGGGAUGUGUGCACUGGAGAUGGCAGUGCUGGAAAUACAGGGUAAUGGAGAGUCGUCUUACGUGCCCCAGGAGGCCAUUAACAGUGCCAUCCAGCUGCUGGAGGACCCCUUGCAGAGGGAGUUCAUUCAGAAGUGUCUAGAACAGGACCCUGGCAAGCGUCCUACUGCCCGGGAGCUCCUUUUUCAUCAGGCGUUGUUUGAGGUGCCAUCGCUAAAGCUACUGGCUGCUCACUGUAUUGUUGGACAUCAGCAUAUGAUUCCUGAAAAUGCUUUAGAAGAAAUGACCAAAAACCUUGACAUGAGUGCAGUGUUGGCAGAGAUUAAUCAUGUGGACAGGGAAGGAGUCAAGAUGAUCUUCUCACAGUCUCCAGCGCUGGAGCUGGACAAGUUCCUGGAGGAUGUGAGGAAUGGUAUCUACCCACUCACAGCUUUUGGGAUGCCGCGACCCCAGCAGCCCCAGCAGGUAGUAGUGAAAUCUCCCAUUGCUCCACCAUCAGUGAAGACCCCGACUCCAGAGCCUGCUGAGGUGGAGACCCGCAAGGUGGUGCUGAUGCAGUGCAACAUUGAGUCAGUAGAGGAGGGAGUGAAGCAUCAUUUAACACUGCUGCUGAAACUGGAAGACAAGUUGAAUCGACACUUGAGCUGUGACCUGCAGCCCAAUGACAACAUCCAGGAGCUGGCAGCUGAACUGGUCCAGCUUGGAUUCAUCAGUGAGGCUGACCAGAGCAGACUUACCUGUUUACUUGAAGAGGCAUUCAGCAAGUUCUACUACACCCGGAACGGAGCCCUGACGGCCGUGACCGUGUCCUCUUAG